UGUAAAUAAGUUAUAUAGUAAAACAAAAAUGUAAAACAAGGAAGUAAUAUUGAUCAGGAUAACAUGUUAAUAGACCGAAAGGACGCAAUAAGAAUUAGCUGAGCCCCAAUCCAUUAUAAAUAGCAGAUGUGAUGUGUUGAACCACACAUCAUUCAGCAAAAAACAUUAUUAUUUCAUACUCACUUAAUUAUGUAAUCGUCCUUUGUCUCACUAUAUGAUGUACGUGUUACAGUGGCCACCUACUUAUUGUACCAUAAACCGUUGCAAACCCGGCGCCAUGGAACGCUUCUCCGUCCACGGGCUUUGGCCAGCAGAUGUUAGAGGAAAAAGCUUAAAUAACUGUCCAGGACCUUUAACUGAUGAAGACAAAAAAGUAGAUACCAUGUUGAACAUGGACAAAACCUUGGAAGCAGAUCUCGGAGUUAUUUGGCCAAAUUUGGAAGAUGGCGGUAUAAACCGAAAUUUCUGGAAAUACCAGUGGGAGAAACAUGGACUGUGUUCAAUUCAGUCUCUCUCACUUAUGGAUUACUUCAAGGCAGCAGUAACAGUGCAUCACAAUAUGAUUGCAAUAAAUAACAAGAAGAAUCUGCUCGGCUACUUGAUUGAUGCAAACACUAGACCAUCCAACGUUACUGUUAAAAAAAUAAGGGACAUAAACAAUGCCUUUCAUAAGCUGGUUGGUAACAACAACGAUAUCUACAUCUCAUGCACGAUGAAUAGCAAUCAUAUUCUUCUGCAUGAAAUAUACUUAUGUAUGGACGCUACGUUGAAGCAAUUCGUUUCAUGCCCACCAAGCAGCAACGCAAGAGGCUGUAUCCAGGGGUCCAACUGUUUAACCAAAAAUAGAAAUUUCGGUCAAAGCUUUAUUUUAGAAGAACUCAGGUUACUGAUAAUCAAAUAUAGAAUAAAUAAAAGAAAUUGAGUUUAAUAAUAGUACGAUGAACAUAAGAAAGCAAAGUAAAUCAGUAUAUUCCAAUAGUAUUUUCUGUCCUUACAAAUGAUUAGUCUUCUCCUUUUAUAGCUAUUUCUAGGUAAUACGUUUCGCUUCUACCAUAAUCGAGCCAUUAUUGUCAAUUAAUGGCAUUCAAUGACAUUUAAUGUAACAUUACAAUCAACAAUCAUAUUUGAUUCAAUACACAAUCCAUAACGUUUUCCGUA